AUGCCGAUUCUGCAGUUCUUUGACAAUGUGUCAGGCUUGACACAUUUCAGCUUCACAACCUGGGCCUUUUGGGCUGACGAGGAUGCCGUAGAGGACUUGGAAUGCACAGACUUGGAAGAGCCCCUUCGAAAGAGGUGUCCGGACCUUCGCGUAAGUCACGUUCCUCAUCGCCCUGCCAUCUCAGCUUCCCCUGACGUUGAUCGGUGUUUGCGAGUAAUGCCAAAGUUUCUGGAGCUGCAGAUGCACCUGAUGCCUUACGACACCGCAACAUUGAAUGUGGACAGCUUGUUGAACAGUGA